AUGAAGAUAAACAAAGCAGGAGUGGGUAACAUAUCGGCUAAUAUAUUUAAGAUUCUAGCGAAAGAACCAAAACGGGAUUUUGUCAAAAUAGAAAUUGGGCUUCUUAACAAUUUCAUCGUGGGACUAAAUAGAACGUUUGAAGUACAUCCUAAUCAGCAUAUAAAAAAACCAUAUAACCUUUGUGGUGAAGGGCCUUCCAGGGCUUUACCUUUUGGCUUACCAAUGAAAGUCACUUGUUCUGAUUUCAGAUUAAUUUCAAAGUAUGUAAUACUGCAACCAAGCGAAAAAAUUUUAGAUGGUAAACAAAAAUUAAUUGCCGCUAAUGAAUUGGAAGCUUAUACAGUAGAGUUGUGGAACAACAGUUAUUACGGAUGCUUUGCACAUGUUUUAGCAUUAACAUCAACUCCAUUUAAAACUGUCAAACACUGUUCAGAUUUCUGCAACACAAAAUUUUAUGCCCUGCACAAGUCUGAAGAUAACGUAUCGACAUGCACAUGUUCUGUGGAUGUGAAUAACGCAGCUAUUCCUAAAAUGUGCAAUGUAAUUUGCGGAGUCGAACAAAUGUGUGGCGGCAGUGGGUUCUUCUCUGUGUAUUCAAAAUUAAAAUAUAACUGUAUGUUGGGAAUUAAUGCCAGAAAUUGUAAUUGCCUGUCAGCGUUUAUCUGUUUCCAUAAGUCUUCAGCUGAUUUAUAUUCAUACAAAAAGGGUCUGAUAAAAAAAUUGGAAAAAUUUCAGAAAAAAGAAACAAAAAGCCCACGGUCAUGUAAAAAUUUGGACUAUAAUUCAAAAAUAAAAUACUCAACCUUCUAUUUCUUAAACUUUGUAGAACCAGAGAAACUAUUGCUCUCCGAAUCGGAACUCCUUAACUUACAUCGCAAAUACGAUAAAAAUGCAACGCAGAGUCGAAUAUCAAAUAUCGCUUUCGACACUAACAAUCGCUAUUCGAUGUCCUGCACGUUUUUGUAUGCCAGUCUUAUCGACGCUUUUCGAACGUCCCAUAUAUCUCGCUGUCUUCGAAAUGUAUGCGUUCUUAGGAAUAAAUCUUUAAAUUUUUCUUCUUUGCUUGGAUGCUACAAACUCGCAACGUUUGAAUAUGAACAUGAUGAACCAGGUCUCGUUGACCUUGAAUGCAGAGCGCUGUGUUUCUCUUCCCUUUACACAUUUUUUGGCACGAGGGGUCUUACUGAAUGUUAUUGUAGCAACACCACGUUUGUGGCUGAUCAAGUUUCCGCGGAAAAUUGUGUUAAGAAGCAAUUCGAUGCGUAUGCUGUCUACAGGGUCAAUUCUUAUUUGGACAUUAACGAGGAUACAAAAAAAACCCAUUUUUGUUUGAAUAAGCAGUCGAUCGACCCGUGUAGACCAGGACAAUGUUUAAACGGAUACAUGGGCCAAUCUUGUGAUGUGCGAGGUAUCUUGUGA